UUUUGGAAAAUAUAUUUCCUACUUAUCCCAACCACCGCGUAAAGGUGUAUCUCAUUGGUUGGGAAAGGCGAACCCCAAUCAAAUCUCCCACUUCACCGGUACUAGUCGUGGCUCGGUUCCCGGUGUCGG